UGUUAAAAUGAAACGUUUAGAGUUCGUUCAAAAUGGCAGCGCCCAUGAUUUGAACGUUUUGUUUGUUAGAAAAUUUCCCGAUGGUUGUAAAGUAUUUACAUGAAACAUCUGACAUCAUGCCAGUUGCGGAUAAAAACACACUAAAGAACAUUUUCUUUGAGGAGGAUGAUCUGCCAUUUGAAGAAGACAUUCUGAGAAAUCCUUUCACUGUGAAAUGUUGGCUGAGGUAUAUAGAACACAAGAAAGAUUCUGGAGCAUCUGCAUUGAAUGUUAUCUAUGAAAGAGCUUUGAAAGAAUUGCCUGGAAGUUACAAGUUAUGGUACAGUUAUUUAAAGUUACGGAGGCAACAAGUGCGAGGUAAAUGUAUCACAGAACCAGCAUAUGAAGAUGUUAAUAGUGCACAUGAGAGGUCACUUGUCUUUAUGCAUAAGAUGCCUCGGAUUUGGUUAGACUACUGUGAACUGUUAAUGAACCAGGGUUUGAUCACCAGAACGAGGCAAACUUUUGACCGUGCUCUUAGAGCAUUGCCUAUAACACAACAUCACAGGAUCUGGCCCUUGUAUCUCAAGUUUGUCCGCAUGCAUGAUCUUAAAGAAACAGCUGUGAGAGUGUAUAGAAGAUAUCUAAAGUUGAGUAAGGAGAAUGCAGAAGAAUAUAUAGAAUACUUGAAAUCUAUUGGCUGGCUUGAUGAAGCUGCUCAACGAUUGGCCGAUGCCAUCAAUGAUGAUGGUUUUGUGUCUAAAGAAGGAAAAUCAAAACAUCAGUUAUGGAACGAGUUAUGUGAUUUGAUAGCCAAGAAUCCGGACAAAGUAACAACAAUGAACAUUGAGCCUAUCAUAAGACAAGGUUUGAAGAGAUAUACAGAUCAGAUAGGUGUACUCUGGAAUUCCCUUGCUGAUUAUUACAUACGUGGUGGACACUUUGAAAGGGCUAGGGAUAUAUAUGAAGAGGCUGUACAAACUGUUAUAACAGUUAGAGAUUUUACACAAGUGUUCGAUGCAUACGCUCAAUUUGAGAAAAAUCUCAUCAGUGCUAAAAUGGAGUCCAUGGAGGAAGAAGGUCCCACUGAAGAAGAUGAUCUGGACUUGGAGUUAAGACUGGCAAGACUUGAAUCUUUGAUGGAUAGACGACCAUUACUUCUUAACAGUGUGUUGUUACGGCAGAAUCCUCAUAAUGUACAUGAAUGGCACAAGCGAGUAAAACUGUACGAAGGGAAACCUAGAGAGAUAAUAACCACCUACACGGAAGCUGUACAAACUGUAGAUCCUAAAAUAGCUUCUGGUAAACCUCAUACACUCUGGUGUGAGUUUGCCAAGUUUUAUGAGUCAGCUGAUCAGAUUGAAGAUGCAAGAAUUAUAUUUGACAAAGCUAUAAAAGUGCCAUACAAGCAUGUGGAUGAUUUAGCCUCAGUAUAUUGUGAAUGGGCAGAAAUGGAAAUCAAACAUGAGAACUAUGAUGACGCCCUCAAAAUAAUGCAGAAAGCAACAACACCUCCCCCUAGAAAAAUUUCCUAUCAUGAUGAAACAGAGACUGUUCAGUCAAGAGUUCAUAAAUCACUGAAGGUGUGGUCAUUGUAUGCUGAUCUAGAAGAAAGUUUUGGUACAUUUAAGACAUGUAAGGCUGUAUAUGACAGGAUAAUAGAUCUACGUAUAGCAACACCACAGAUUGUUAUGAACUAUGGUCUGUUCCUAGAGGAAAACAAUUACUUUGAAGAAGCUUUUAAGGCUUAUGAGAAGGGAAUAGCAUUGUUUAGAUGGCCAAAUGUAUAUGAUUUGUGGAAUACAUAUUUAACAAAGUUCAUAGACAGAUACGGUGGAGAGAAGUUAGAAAGAGCGAGGGAUUUAUUUGAGCAGUGCUUGGAAAAUUGUCCUGCAAAAUUUGCUAAAGCUAUAUUUUUACUGUAUGCUAAACUGGAGGAAGAGUAUGGUUUGGCGAGACAUGCAAUGGCUGUGUAUGAUAGAGCUACACAAGCUGUGUUACCUGAGGAACAGAAUGAGAUGUUUAAUGUGUAUAUAAAGAGAGCAGCCGAGUUAUAUGGGGUAACAUAUACCAGACCUAUCUAUGAGAAAGCUAUUGAAGUUCUUACUAACGAUCAGGCCAGGGAGAUGUGUAAUAGGUUUGCUGAUUUAGAGAGAAAGUUGGGAGAAAUAGACCGUGCACGUGCAAUUUAUGCUCACUGUUCACAGAUAUGUGAUCCAAGGACUACAGCCUCGUUCUGGCAGACAUGGAAGGAGUUUGAGAUAAAACAUGGUAAUGAAGAUACUGUGAGAGAAAUGUUACGUAUAAAACGUAGCGUACAGGCAAUGUAUAAUACACAGGUGAACUUUAUGUCAGCUCAGAUGUUAGCGGUUGCUACUACAAAGGGAGAUAAUCCAGAAACAUCAGAAACGAGUGAUGAAAUGCAGAAGUUAGAAGAGAAAGCUAGACAGUUAGCCGAGGAAGCCAUGAAAGAUAAAAAUAAACCUGACAAGGGAAUUAUGUUUGUAAGGAGUAACACGACGGAGGAGGAGUUAGGAGAGAUGACAAAGACAACAAAUCCGGACGAGAUAAAUAUUGACGAGGAUUAUUCCUCCGAUGAGGACGAGGAGAUAGAAGAAGUACCAACACAGACUGUGCCUACAGAAGUGUUUGGAGGACUAGUACAGGAUAAGGAUGAUGAUGAUGAUUGAAAAGAAAAUUGACAAGUGCUUGGACUUGAUGCCUACUUUGAAAAUAAUGUAUAUGUGACCAAAUACUGAAAUAAAAAUAUGCAUCCAUUGAUUGCAAAACAUUGUCAUUAUCAAAAUAACAGUUGUUAAAAUACUCUUGUUUAAGAGAAGUAUUUGGUAAAAAAAAAACCUGCAAAUAUGUUACACGUGAUCUGCUUUAGAUGAUAUGGUGGUACAUUGAAUAAACACUAUUGAAUUUAA